AUGACUUCAGGCAGUUCAGGAGCAGUGUUUUUCUUAGGAACGCGGGCCCAUUAUCAGGUGUUAGACCAGCCUGAGUCUAGAUUCGAUUCUGAGAAUGGAAAUACGUCAACGGAAACCAUAUACCAGAACUCGACCUCGGUUCAGGAGUUGUGGCCUAAAGCGCAGACAACUACAACAGCGGAGGAAACUGGAGAUCGGAGGAAUUGGAACUAUGAGGAGGAUGUUACUGUUGCGUACGAAAAAGAGAAACAGGAGAUCGGCGUGUGCGUGAAGAGGCGCCCGAGGAGACGACAAAGUGAGGCUGCGCUGUGUGAAGAGGAAAUGAGGCCCGCCAUGCUGAAUAGCGUUGGAGACAAUGAACCACCGAAGACGAAACCCUCUCGUCGCAUAGCUCUUAUGAGUUUUCUUACCUCGCUGGCGAGACGCAAGCGUCGGCUGGACUCCGAGCAUGUGCAGUAUCUGCGACACCUCGAGAGCGCCCUCACGAGCUGCACGUAUCGCGAAUCGUGCCGCUGUCUUGACUGCCAGAGUCGCUAUUUCGAAUGCGACGAUAGCAGUGAGGGUUACAGUUCUGAUGAGAGUGAGUACACGCCACCUUACACUCUCCAAGCUGAACCUCUUGUGGAACAUGAUCACGAGGAUUCUGAUGAUGAAGUGUUUGUAAAUUCAGUGCCGGGUGACAAUACAUCAACCGAUUUUCUAAUUGAAGGGAAGGAAAAAAUGUCGGUUUCAUCCGACACGUUGGAUGAUGAGGAAGCAAAUCUUGACUUUGAAGUGGCCGCCGGGACUCCAAUUCUAUUUAACUUUUUGCUUACACACCCUAUUACUUGCGUUAUUCAAUAG